AUGCAGCUGGUCCACGAACGUGUGGCACCACCACCUGCUGCCGAGCUAGCCGGGCGCCGCGGCGGCGGCGGCGGCGAAGGCAUGGAGAUCGUGACGGCGAGGCUGCUCGAUUCGCCGCUCCCGACGCCGCGGCGGUCCUGCUGCGGGUCGUCGUCGGCGGCGGGGACCCCGCGCAGCGCCGCGCGGUGCGGUGGUGGUGGCUCCCCCGGCGCGCCGCCGUCGUCGCCACCGUUGUCGCCGCAGCGGACGCACGUGCCGUUCUCGUGGGAGAGCUCCCCCGGCGUGCCCAAGGACGCCGCGUGCGGCCGAAAGGUGGUGAGGGAGGUGCUGCCACCGAGGCCGCCGCCGGGGCGGGGCGGCGGCGGCGGUGGCUCCCCGGCUCAUGCGCACGCGAGGGCAUACUUCGGGAACGCCACCGAGACGACGAGCAGCGACGACGACGACUCGGACGACACGUUCUCCGACGCGCUCGACAGGAUCUCGGCGUCCGACCGGUUCGCGGCGUUCUCUUCCCGGCUGAGCUCCAUCGACGGCGCCGGGUCGCUGCGGUUGCCGAGCUUCAUCAUGGACCGCUUCCUCCCGGCCGCCAACGCCAUCGCCACCACCUCCGCCGACAAGCGCCCGAAGAAAACUCCGCGCCGCGGCGCCCGCAGCUCCAAGCAAGACGAGGAGGCGACGGCCUCGGCAAGACGCCGGGCGCAGUCGCUGCGCCGCGCUUCCGGCCGCGAGCAACCGAAGCAACCCCCGCCGCGCCACCACGUCUCCACUCUCCAACGCAAGGAGAGUGAGCCGCCGCCGCCGCCGCGACAGAGCAGGGACAUCGACGAGGAGACGCAGAGCGACGAGAUGUCCCCGAGGUCGUGCGGGUUCAUGCUGUUCCUCCCAUGGAGCGUCAAGCCGGUGCUCUGCGGGUUCGCGCGCAGCCGUACGUCGCGCGCCGCCGACGCGUCCACCACCGCGUCCUCCCCACCACGCCGCAGCGUCACGCUAGGCAACGCCCUGGAGAAGGAGAAGGAGAAGGAGAAGGACAAGAGCAAGCUACGCGGCGGCGGCGGCGACCCGUCGCGCUGGUCCGACGAGAAGAGCGGCAGCGGCAGGGAGUGGUCGAGCCCAGGAUGGGGCACGGCGAUCCUCGGCACGAGCAAGCGAUACUGCGCCGACGCGAGGAAGGCUCUGAGCAGGCUGGCUCGUUCGGCGACGGACGGCCGUGGCAGCCCGAGGGUAACAGGGGAGAGGAGGGCCGGCAAGCCGGCGGCGGCGGCCUCGCCGCGGCGCUCGACGUCCGGCGAGAUCCCGCCGUUGUCGCCGCCGUCCGAGUCAUGGCUCAGUCACGCGCGCGGGAGCAGCACACUGAGUAACAAAAGAUGA